CAUCGCUACCUUUAUGUAUAUACUCUCAGAACAAAGUGAUAAGUCACUGAAAGUGUAUUCACACCCGAGAGCAUCUCAAAAACUUAAAAAAUCAAUUCAAAAUCCAAGUUUUCUUUUACAAGAUUAAAGAAAACGUUAAUGAAAUUUUGUUUGAUUAUUAAGGCUCUCCAUUAACUGUUUUGGAUGUCAAUUAUCUGAAUUUAGCAAAGUAAACUUCAGAUGUACGCGAAAUGUUUAUGAGAAUAUGUAACAGAAAUGGACUUCGCAAUGCUCUUUUUGCAUCAAAAUUGCUUUUUAGAAGUGUACACGUACAUCCUGUUUCCUUAGAGAGCAGGGCUGUUUUGAGUACAUUGGAAAAGCUGAAUACUCAUCCAGAACGGAUGAAGCUUUUUUCUUCUAUUUUAAAUGAGAAGGGGUCUACACGAAACGUUGAUAUUGGAGACUUAAUUACGUUGAAAAGCAGUGAGGAUGAAGUACAUGAUAUUUUAAACCAAUAUGGUCACGAUAAUAGCUUACUCACUAGUAACUUCUUUAAAAAAGCUACUUCUAUCGCAGAAAAAAAUCAAUCAGGAGAGCUUGCUUCUCGUUUGCGUGAAAUCGCUGCUAAUAGCAUGUUGGCACUCAGUUCUGAAUCCAUCACCAAUCUUCUUUGGGUUUUUGUGAGAGAAAGAAAUGCGUACGAUAUGAUGGCACUGGUUUCUUUUUUUCCUAGUGAAUUACCAGUAUACUUGCAUGUCUUUCGAAGGAUUUUACUGACGUCUGCACGUACUGGAACCAACGUGGAUACUUGUUAUUUCCUGGUGGAAACCUUGUUGCAGGAUUUACUAAAACGAAGAGCUACUUACUCAAUUGCUCAGCAGCGCGAACUUGAAAAAAUUUAUUACGAACUGUUGUUAUGUUUUGCCUAUUCUUAUCAUACAAGUGGGAUAAAGUUCUUGCUUCCGAUACUAUAUCGGGAGAAUUUUCAGAGUAUUAAUGCAACUUCAAUGGAUAUGGCUGUCACGGCUCUUUGCGCGAAUCAGGAGCUUGAAGCAGCCAUCCAGCUUACCCUUUACUUGGCCAAGCGUGAUUUUCCUGUUAAUUACAUGCUAUACCAGGAAAUAACGGACAGAUUAUGUUUUGAAAACAAGCCUUUGCUUGCACUAAAGUUUUUCCAAAAUUUUUACAAAGGAACACACACAAAGUCAACUGCGGAAUUUUUAAUGCCAAUAGCAGAAUCUUUUUAUAAAAAGUUUGAAUCAUCAGCCCAAAUAGAGAAAAGCCUAUCGGAAUUUCUCAAGGAUGCUUCUAAGCCCACUUAUGCCAUAAUUUCCAGACUAUUAAUGCUUUCAGCACUUUUUAGCCAAGAUUUAGCAAUCAUUUUGCGCUAUUUCGCAAAUUUACGAUCAAAGAAACUCUUAACUCUUGUUGACUACAAAAUUGUUUUUCAGUUGGCGUUCAAUCUUCGUUCGCUAGAAUUAGCGGAUGCCAUAAGUAAAGAAGGUAAACAUCUGAACCAGUCUGAUCAAUUCAAAUUACGAGAGAAUUAUAUUGCUCUACAAAUACUAGUCAAGAAGUAUACUGAAGCUAUCGGUAAUAUAGAACUCCUGCAUAAAGAAGGAAGGACUUUAUCAAAACAGUUGUUAUUGUUUGCUUUACAUUCGGUUAAAAAGAACGGAACUGAGGAAGACUUUAAAUUACUUCAUUCAGUGUUAGGACGACUAGGUUAUGAAUUUCAGUCGAAAAACCUGGAUUCUCCUAAAGCAGUUGCUUAUCGCUGCUUGUAUUAUUAGAACAAAACAUGGAAUAAAUUUUUCUGCUCCAAAGGAUUUGGUAUUUAUAAAUUGUCGUUCUUCUACGUGAAUUUCUAUCCCCUCAAUCCCCUCUUACCAAAGAUUUUCUAAGAGAUAUCUAUUGAUGAAAGGGUUGCUCAGGAGCAAAUGCUAUACUUAGUAAAUAAAAUAAUCUUUAUUUUAAUCGUUAAAAUUCAAUAUAUUUUGGAAAUCUUUUUUGAUCAGCUCUCCUCUUUAUGAAGUAUC